AUGACAGAUGCUAGACACGGUUGCAGAAAGAACGCUAAAGACUGUGAUAUAGUUUGCAUUGGUGAAAAAACUCAUCAAGUCUUGCAUUCAAUCCAUGUUACAAAGAGAGAUGAUCCCUGUUCACAGCGACAUGAAACAUUCGGCACACGCAGAAUGUAUGAUGAUUUUGAGAGGCAAAAUGUGUCUAUUGGUACACACGUUCACGAUUGUAAUGGUGCUGUGAACUGCCUUGUGAGAGAUACUCAGAUAUUUACGGACAACCAAAAUGACUCAUGGCACGCCUGCAUUGCUUUGAAGAAGCAAAUUCAAAAUGUUGCAUCAGGGCCCAAGUAUAAGCAUGGUCAAUCAUGGCAUGCUCAACUGGAAGAUAAACCAGAAGCAAUAAGGAAAUUUGCUUAUACAGCCAUGAAAAAUUGUGGCGAGAAUGCAGAAACAUUGAGAAACAUGCUGGCAAAUAUGACUGAACAUUUCCAAAAUAAUCAUCAAAACUGUUUUGAUCAAUCUCGCUGUCGACUAGAUCCAAACUAUGAACCAAGUACAAUUGUUGUGAGAAACGAUGUUGCUAUUCGACUAUUAAAUGAUACAAUUAAAAAAAGCACAAUCUAUAAAAAUGCACAUAAUUACACAAAGGCGCUUUCAACAGCAUAUGUUGAAAGUUUUAACAAUACACUAAACAUGUUCCAGGAUAAACGGAUUUACUUUCAAGAUAUUCAAUAUGAAAUGAGGACAAAUUUAGCUGUAUUAUACUGGAAUGAGAAUGUGGACAGGGCUUAUACAAGCUUGUUCGAAUCAGAAGCCCCAGACAUUCCCUUCAAGCACCCCAAAAAAGUUCUAACAAAACCAACAUAUUCCUUCAGAGAAAACAUUUGGGAAAAACUGAUUGAAUCAGUUUAUACCUAGAACCAAAGGAUCAUAUACAACAUUGAAUCAAAACAUAUUUUGGAUUUUUAUAUAUUUGGAUAUUCAUCUUCAGUUCUGGAUUACUUGAAUAAUGGUCAUGAACUGGUAAGUAGGCACAUUUUGUCUAUCACUUCAUAACAGAACCACAUGCUUUUGUUUACUUGUCAUGACCUUUGACCUGAGAGCAUAACAUAUUAUUGGUCAAGUUCAAAUUAAAGCCACAUCCCACUGCGAAUAUUUAAUGAGACAUUUAAAAUAUUUCUUUUCAAGUUUGCUUGAAAUAUACUGGAUAAAAUUGGAAUAUGAUUCGACAUUUCUAUUCUUUAUGGUUUAAUACAUAACUGUUAGAAAUUUGGAUGACUGGAAGUUCCUAGAAAUCAUGAUAUUGGCAAAAUCAAAAUAAAUUUACUGGUUUCAGUGAUUCAAACAUUUUCAACAGGCAUAAUUGGCUGUUCCAGGCUCUUCCAUCUUCCUUUUAUACCCGGUUUUCCCCUUUAAA